AAUACAAAACACGCUUUAGGAAGAAUUUUGAGGAUUAAGGGGGUAUGGAAGAUGACAUAGGUUGUUAUUAAAUCCUCUAUUUAAUCUUUCCACGUAAUUAACACAUAGUAUCAUCAUGGGAAGAGUGGUUUUGACAUUGUAUCAUCCAUCUAACUGUCCAAUAGAAUCAGUUACUUAAGAAAUCUUCUUUGGUCAGUCUGUAUGUAACAGCCUUCUGUUAAAGACUAGUUCUAUUAAAGUAGUUAUAAGAUUCUGUUAGCUUGCAAGGCAAGCCUGAUUGUUGUAUGAAUAGUUCAGUUGCUAUCAUAAUCUGUAUUUUCAGUAGAUUCACUCGUAACUUUUAUCUAGAUUAUCAUGCAUUCUCCAGAUUGUAGUUUACCAAGAUUGUUCUAAACCAGUACAAGUUUAGCUACUUAAGGUGGAAUGUUACCCUUAAGGGCCUGUUUGGAUAAACAGCUUAUUUGCAACUUUUAGCAUAAGCGUUUAUACAUGGUAAGUGCUUGUGUAUAAGCUUGCAUAAGCUAUUUUUAUAGCAAAUGAUAAAAUAAUGUUAAAUUAUUUUUGUAUUUGCUAUAAGUUGAAAAUCGUUUAUCAUGGUAAGUGCUUGAUAAAUUGGAGAACUUAUGAAAAUAAGUUGAAAAAAACUUAUGAAAAUUGCCAUAAGUUGUUGUCAAAAGUUCUACCAAACAGUUUCACAAAACUUAUGUCAAUAGAUAAGCUCAAAUAAGCCAAUCCAAACAGGCCCUAAGUCCUUCACCUUCCAAUUUGGAGAUUUUGAGCAGGUGCAUUUCACUUGUUUACCAGACAUAGGAGAGAUCCAAGUUCAUGGAUUAAUGGUAAAGCGAAAAUCUUGUUUCUACUACCUACCUGAUUCACUUCCUAUAAGGUAUGUUUUCCCAAAGAUGAGAGAAACAUGGUUUCUUCAUGUGGAAGUGGGGCAUUUAAAAUUGCGACUUCAUAGUUUACCCUGUGAUGCUGCUAUUCUUUCCAAUCAUCAAGACUUAAUGACUUAUGACUGUGAAAAUAAGACAAGAUGCAACAGUGAGGAAAAGAGACAGGAAGGACUCCAUCCAUGUGCCUAUCUAUCAGAAGAGAAUGAAGCUAUUAAUCAAGUUUUGAAGGAAAAGGGAAACUCUCAUGAAAAUUACAAGCAACAUACAGCCAGUGGAAUGCCAGAAAGACACUCCUGCGGAUUUGGAGACAAACCCACCAGCACGGUCAGUAAGAGUCAAUGUCCGAUACCAGAGAAUAAAGAUGAAAAUUUGGUUGAGUUGCGUGCUAACUCAAGGCAAGAAAGUCCGAGUAAAAUGUCGACUCAAGUGAUAUCAGUCUCCGGUAUAAUCAAUAAGUAUUUUUUAGGUUUCAAUGGCAUUGACAAUGACAAUUUUAGCUGCUCUUCAAACUCCGAGGUUACAUCAAGAGCUGUUCGUAGUGAGAUUGAAGUUCAAUCAAGCACCAGUGCACAAAGUUGCUAUAAGAGACAAAUUGAUCCAUUGCCACAGUUCUCUCCCAAAACACCUCCACAUGUUCCAUUGCAUGUUGACUUUGUUUCCAAAAGUUCAGGUAGCAAAACUAGGAGAUCCAAAGUUAAGAAAUGUAGCAAACCUAGAAAACCCAAAGCUGGGAAAUGUAGCGAAAAUAGACCAUCCAAAUUGGGGAAGCUUUUUCUUUCAGCUUCAAAGAGUCUUGGGGUUUAUAAUACUAAGAAUAGUCCUGCACUUUCUCUUUGUAAAUUCAAAAAUAAAAAUCUACUAGAGCAAAAAUCUCAUCCUAAUGGUUCAAUAUUUUCUAUUAGUGACAGUGAUGAUUAACAUUACUGUAGUGUAGACCAUCAAAAGGGUGUAAAUAGGUGAUGUGAUCAAUUGCUUUGAUCUGUUUAUUUUGGCACCCACUUUGGAAAUAGCGACUUCCUGAUUUAACAUUACCAUGGGGGCAUUGAUAGGAAAAAGUUGUAAUAUUAACUUAUUGAUCAGGAAAGCAAGCAGAUCAGCAAUUGUUUAGCAGUUUGUUACUAUUUUGUUAGCACAAUAUGAAUCUUCUUUAGCUGCCAUUAUGGUGCAGCUGGCUACAGAGGACCCAAGUCCAUUUUGUUACAAGGGUAUCAAGUUUUUUUAUCUCCAAAAUCUUGGUGCAAAGUAAUGAGUAAUGGUGUGAUUUUGAA